AUGGAGCCCGUGUCGCUUGCUUUGGGCGUUUUGCCAAUUGUUGGCGGAGCGGUAAAAACGUGUAAAGUUGUUCGCAAAAAGCUCAAGAUCUUCCGACAUUAUUCUCGAGAGCUACGUCGAGUCCAGAAGCGAGUUAGCCGACAAUCGCAGGUCUUCACCAAUGAGGUCCAUCUUCUUUUGAGGCCUUGUUUGAACGAGGAGGAUGUUGUGGAAUUGAUGUUGAAAGAUGAAAGUCAUCCCAAGUGGGCUAGCAAAGAGCUUGAAAAUGGAAUGAGAAGGAGCCUGGGGGAGAGUUAUAGCUCCUGCCGCGAGAUCAUUGAGGACAUUGGGUCCACUAUGGAAAGUCUGCAAUCAAUCUUCGACUGCUUCGACCAGAUUCUGGAUCAAUGCGACGAGAAUGAGCACCCCCGGGAUGCUAUGCGACGAUUACGCGACGCAAGCAGAAUCGUCCACGACGAAUCAAAACUUGACGCACACAUCAAAGACCUGAACCAAUCCAUUGAAGAGCUAAGACAACUUCGAGAGCAGACACAUGAGCUCAGAAAGCCUAUUGCAAUCACACAAUCGCGACGGACCAUUCGAAUGCAAACCGAUCCCGAGUAUAACCACUUCAGGAAGACCAAAGAAGCAUCCAAAGCAUUGCAUGAAGCCUUCACCACGGUUUGGUCAAACAAUGAAGGGCAUGGGAUGAGUCAAGAGAUGCAACAUAUCGUACGGCUAUUCCUCCACACUAAUGUCGAGGAGGAUAUCAACAUGAAUGUUGCCAUUACUUGCAAUGGCCAUCAAGAAAGAGCAAUCCGUGUGAAUAUACGAUCACAGAACCGUGGCCCAUCCUUUGGGCUUCCCACACCCCCAAAUUCCAACGAAUCCUCAAGUUGCCAUGAUGGUCAGCGGAAAAGAAGAAAGGUUCGGUUUGCUGAAGCUGGAGCUGGAGCAAGUGCGUCAGUGGAUCAGAACCGGUCUUGCUGCUUCUCUGACAAGUCGGAAGUAAUGAGCUUACCUCCCGAUCUAUCUGUGGUUGACCUUUGUUCUGUACUAUACAAAGACGACAGCCUUUCGUCAGAUGAUGGGUAUUGCUUUGGAUACCUUGAUGGCGAUGUUGACGGAAAGUUCCGGCAUCAUUUCUACAAAAGCUUAACCCACCAUCGUCAAAAGGCUAUACCUGCAACGUCCGACGAGGCAUACGGGACCUUGAUGCCAAUGAGUGACGCGCUAGGUCAGUCAGCAGAAAGAUCUAUCACCAUAGUGGAUCAACUCAAGAUCGCUCGUGAGAUCGCAUCUGCUGUUUUGAAGCUUCAUACAACGCCGUGGCUCAAGGAUUACUUCAAUACCUACGACCUGAUGCUUUACAACACAGGGCAUAGCCUCACAACAAGUCUCAAGACACUACACGUCGCAUCGGACUUCACACAAGCGAUCCAUACGCAAGAACAAAACAAUGCGGCUGCUACAGGCUUGCCGUCUCCUAUAGCAGUAGAUGAUGCUCUCCAGGAGGCCAAGCUGUUAUAUGGUGUGAGAAAUCUGACUCUUUGGAGUCUUGGCGCAAUCCUACUACAAGUCGGACAGUGGUCUACACUAGACUCUCUAGAAGACGUUAUCACUGUUCGCAAGCUAUCGACGCAAGCAUCAAAUUUGGGUCCGAGGUAUCGAGACUUAACGAGGAAAUGUCUGGAUUGUGACUUUGGUUACGGCGACGAUCUCACCAAACCACGUUUACAACAGGCCGUAUACGAGGGGCUUGUGGGUGGAUUGAGUGAAAUGAUUUCUACUUUGGGUGUUGAGGAAGACUGA